AUGGCCGCCGGAGCCCCAGACGGUCUCGACGACGAGUCGCUGCAGGAGCUGCGGAGCCAGGCGACGCGGCUGCUGCACAAGGAGGACUGGGCGGGGUACAUCGGCGUCUGCACCCGCAUCGUCGACGCCGCCGCCACGGACCGCCGGAUCCUCUGCUCCGCGCUCGCCCACCGCGCCGACGGCCGCGCGCGCCUCGGCGACUUCUCCGGCGCGCUCGCCGACUGCGACGCCGCGCUCGCGGCCGAUCCGGCCCACCCGGCCGCGCUGCUCGCCAAGGGCGCCGUGCUCCGCGGCCUCGGCCGGUACGCGCUCGCCGCCGACUGCUUCCGCGCUGCGCUCCCCGCGGGCAGCGGCGCAGACGAUGUGCGGGAGCUGCUCGAGCAGUGCAGGCGCCUGGACGCGCAGGCGAGGAGCGGGGCGGUGGAUUUGUCCGAUUGGGUGCUCGCGGGGUUCUCCGGCAAGUGCCCAGAUCUCGCGGAGCACGUCGGGCCUGUGGAGGUGCGCCGGUCCGCUCACGGCGGCCGAGGGGUCUUUGCUGUGAAGGGCGUCGACGCCGGGGGCACUCUGAUGAUCUCCAAGGCUGUGGCGAUAGAGAGAGGGGUAAUUCUGAACGCGGCCGAUGGGGGAGAGAAGAUGGUGGUCUGGAAGGACUUUGUAGACAAGGUGCUCGACGCCGCUGAGAAGUGCCCCAGGACAGCUUCUCUGAUCUAUACUCUUUCCACCGGCGAGGAGCAGCAGGAGGAGCUCGACGUCCCGGAUAUGGCAUUGUUCAAGCAAGAACCAGAGGAGCUUGGUGACGGCGUGCCGGAGACAGGGGGUCAAGAGGCUCUUGAUGUGGACAGGAUCAUGAAGGUGCUCGACGUGAAUUCCUUGACCGAGGACGCACCAUCAGCCAAUCUGCUUGGCAACAGUGGCAUCAUCAACUGCGGUGUGGGACUGUGGAUCUUGCCGUCGUUGAUAAACCAUUCCUGCCAUCCAAAUGCACGGCGCACCCAUGUCGGAGAUCAUACCGUUGUUCACGCCUCGAGGGACAUCAAGGCCGGGGAGGAGGUCACAUUUCCCUAUUUCGAGGUGCUCAUGCCGGUGGGGAAGCGCCGGGAGGCGGCAAGGGCGUGGGGGUUUGAAUGCCGGUGUGACCGAUGCCGGUUUGAAGACGAGGACACCGUUCUCAGGCAAGAACUCGUCAGAUCAGAGAAUGAGUUGGUUAAUGGAGGAGGGGACAUGGGAGCACUGGUGGUGCGGCUUGAGGACAAGAUGAGGAAGUCCAUGGUGAAGGAGAGGCGAAAGGCAUUCUUGCGAGCAUCCUUCUGGAGUGCGUACUCCGCCUUGUUCGAUAAUGGCAGGUUGCUGAGGAAGUGGGAGAGGAGGGUUCCUAGCGAGGCCGUCAUCGCAGUUAGCGUAGCCAGCGCGGUCGGCGGUUGUGAGAGUGUGCUGAAGGCAAUGCUGAGGGGUGCCAAUGAUGGCAAUAGUUGCGGCAAUCGGCUAGAGGUUGAGGACAAGGUGGUGAGGAUUGGGAGGGCCACCUAUGGCAAGGUAGUGAAAAGGCAGGCAAUGAGGGCUCUCUUCAGACUUAGAUUGGAGGGGGACAACAGCAAAAGCUUCUAGAUAUUUAUUCUUGCUUCUAUUCUUCAUUCCUCAGUUCAGAUAGGUUUAUGUUGAAGCAAAUGCUCUUGUUUGCACAAUGUUUUGUUUCGAAUCAAGAUCAUACAUGAGAGCUCUAUUUGUAUGCUCUAUUGGUCUUGGUUUUGGGUAAUUCAUUCAGUGUUUGACCUGA